GAAAUGAUUAAAUCCAAAAACCAUUUUUUAUAUAAAAAAACAAUAAUUUUAAGCAAUAAAUCAUUUAACAAUUUGCAACAACCCUUCGUUUCUUAUUACCAGAAAUCGAAUCUGUUUUAUCGAAAUAUCUUACUGGCUUCUGUUUUUAGGUUAGUUACGAUUAAUCUAUUUCUAACGAUAGAAAGAAUUCAAGGAAAGAAGAAAAUACAUGAUUACAAAAAUGGCACUGGCCAGAGAAAGGCGUGCAAAUGCCGGGAAUAAAAUGGCAAAACUAUUGAACGAAGAAGAGGAGGAUGAUUUUUACAAAACUACAUAUGGUGGAUUUGAGGAAGCUGAACAAGAUCAUGAUUACAUGGAAGAAGACGAAGGCGAAGAUGAGGUGGAUUCGGAUUUUAGCAUAGACGAGAACGACGAGCCAAUUUCUGAUACCGAACAGGAAGGGCCGAAAAAGAAAAGAAGACUGGUAACGAAAGCUUACAAAGAACCCAAGGUUCAAUCCCAGAUACCGCAAAAAGAAAAGAAAGUCAGACAGCCGAAGCAUAAUAGAAGAUUCAUAGAGAGUACAGAAAGGAAAUCGAUACGACGCUCUACUGCUGCAAAGUCAGCCGCGACACAGAGACGUUUGCGGGAAAGAAACGAGGAUCAAAAGAGGAAAACCAGAGUAAUAAAACACGAUACUUGGAAACCAACUCAAGAAGAAUUACUGGAGGAGGCUUUGCAAACCGAACAACUUAAUAUGAAGUCGCUGGAAAAGUACCAAAAGUUGGAGAACGAAAAGAAAAAUACUAGAACAGUGAGAAAAGCACACUCUGGACCCAUGAUUAGGUACCAGUCCCUGUCGAUGCCUGUUUUAGUACUCUCCGAGAUACAUUUGGACAAAGACGAUAAAAUCAAUGUAGAAGAUAACGAGGAGAAAAAUUUAAACGAUAGUACAGAAAAGAAAGAUUCGGAAGAGGUGACAGAAGAAGGAAGCGUAAUUGUAAAGUCAGAGUACAGUGCAAAUGAUGCUCCAAGGAAAGAAUCUGAUUCUAAUGUUUCAAGCAAAAGCAAGUAUCGUUGUAACGAUACGAAAGGAUUCUAUGAAAGAACGUUCGUCACUUUUGAAAACGAUCAGCUAUUUCUUGAAGCUUUUAAGAAGCCUAUUGCUAGGAGACCGCCAAUGAAGGCUUUGUGCGCGAUCACGAGGCUGCCAGCGAAAUAUCUGGAUCCUAUGACCCAGCUACCAUACAAAAACGUUCAAACGUUUCGAUUGUUACGCGAAGCGUAUUACCAACAAUUGGAAGCUAGAACGGAUGUUAACGACACGUCGCAGAGUUCGGAAUUGCUAAGGUGGCUCGAUUGGAGGCAAAAGAACCAUAACGGCGGUCAGAGGAACACUAUACGCCUCGAGCCAGCCUCCGCGCCAAUGACUUCGUAACUUUUUAGCGAAAUAAGGUUUCUCCCAAUAUUUUCAUAGUUUGAGAUUUGCCACUCUGAUCAAAGUCUUCCAAAAAUUGUAAUUAUCGAUACUUUUAACAAAAAGUAAUUUAACAAUAAUUUUAAUAGUUUAUAGAUUCUUAAAACGACGAGAGGAACGGAGAUUUUUAUUUAAGUUUUGUAAUAAACGUAUGAGUAAUUGUAUAAUUUAUAACUGCAUGUCUUUUGUACCAUACUAAUUUUAAAAUUCUGUACAUAUAAUUAAUCUAUCAAUUAAAUUCUUUUGCUAUUACCAUAAACGAUCAAAAUGAUUAGUAAUGUUCCGUGUGAUAGAUAGAGAAUUGCGUGGCAAUUUUACGAGUUUAUAAGUCAAAAGUAAUUAGUGAGUAUUCGAAUAGAAUAACGAAAGUAUCAUCGAAAGCACAAUUAAUUGGAUUACUACACGUGUACAUGUAUGUUGAAAGCAAAAGUAAUUUUAUUAAUAAAAUUAUAACGUAUGAAGCAUUAAUAAUAGACCGUUUUUUGUAAAAUCGGUUUCUUUUGUAAA